UCCUUUCAACAGACAGCAUCCGCCCAAGCGAAUAUAUAGGAUUCACUCUCUCUCAGCCCCCCGAAUCCCGUUUUUUUAAGUAGGAAAAGGGGUCCAAGAUCGCCCGAACCUCAAUAUUUUUGUGCGAGAAAUCCCGACUGUCCUAUCUCGAUGGGUUGCGCUAAUUCGAAGGCCGGAGGUGCUACGGGGGCAUACGGAGCCCCCGAAGAGGAGAAUGCUGGCGCUAACGCUCCUCCCAAAGUGAUGGUCGACGGGGAAGCUCAAGAUGGAGCCGUGGCCGUCAACGGAAAUGCAGUCACUUGCGCCAAUGGAGUUGAAGAAGGAGCUGGAAGUGAAGAAAAAGAAGCCUGCAAUGGUAACGUUAGUGCAAAGAAUGACGAUGCUGAGGAUGCGCCAUCUAGUGGUGAAAAAUCUGAACAAAAUGGCGGAUGCGAGAACGAAGGAGGGAAAUCGAUCCAAGAUGGCGAGGGCGAGACCGACGAUGCUGCCAACGAUGAGACAGCCAAACAGGAGGAUGAAGAGGAAGGGACGGCGAAGGAGGAGGAAAGUAAUUCUGCGGAGGCAACAGAUAGUACCGAAAAUGUCGAAUCUAGGGAAAAUAACGAAGAAGAAAAAGCAGAGUAAAAAUUUAGAAGGCUACGUAUGAGAUGGUUUAGAGAAAAAAAUACGGCUUUUAUUUUUGUUCCAUUUUGUUAAAAGGUUUACUUUUGACAUCCAAAGAUGGUUACUCCAUAGAAUGUUUAACAAAAUGCCAAAGAAUAGAAUGACAUGAAAAAUUUGUACUCACCAGCGUAAAGAAUGAGUAGAACUAUGACGAAAAUACAAUUAGCCUAUUUCCACGUAUCAAAUACUUGUUCGAAAUUUCGAUGACGUGUAAACAUGAAUUAAAUUUAAAAAGACUCUAAAAAACUAUUUUAUGUUUGAAAGUUUACAGUUAGAUGAAAGUAUAUUUUAUUGUUUUUUGACUCAAUAGUUUUUCGAAGAUUAUUUACCAUUUAGGCGUUCUCAGCCGAUAAAAAUAAAAUAGAAUCAAAACUCACAGAAAAAAUUUCCAGAAAAAGCUGAAAUUCUACUCAUCAAUGAAAAAUUCAUUUACGCUGGUGGAUAUAGAACUAAAUUCUAAAAAGGCUAAUUGGACAAUUUUUAUAUAAAUAAAAUAAUAUCCAAAAAAAAAAAAAAAAAAGUUGUGAUGCUGGAACUUAUGAUUGCAUCGACUGGAUUCUGAACUCUGAAAGUAGGUUUUGUGCGUCUUAAGUGUGAAUGUGCCAAGCUAGUGUAAUACCGUAAGGAAAUAUGAAAAACUAUUAGUGGAGUUCAUCUUCGAAGCUGGUAGUGCAACGGAAUAUAAACAUUGCUGUUUUUUUCUCCUAUUUUCCAGUUCAGGGGUUGAACGACACAUGGCCAUUUCAUUGCAAAGAAAAUCGAAAAUUAAUAAUAGUUACCACUGUCAAAUUACCAUCGCGCUUUUAAAUGGUCUUAACUUGAAGCUGUAUUGUUUCGUGAUAAAAUAACUUUAUUUCCGAGUCAUUUAUUUAUAAAUUAAUAUUUUAUGCAUUUUAGAAAAGCUU